AUGCCAGAUCUGCAGCGCUUCAGUUUUCCGUAUAGUAUGAACCCGUUGUUGGGCCACAGCUUGUCUGCUGCUCAUCCGCAUCCACAGAGUUCAGAAAUGCUCAGCCAUCCGGAUUCACCCACCUCUGUGAUCCCCGAGGCUCUUCUGACGGCUCCUCACGCCUCCAUUCUCCAUCUCGGCGAACAUCCCGGACUCAUAGCAGACGGCAUUUCCCAAAGCGGUUUAGUUUAUCUGCCCAUCGGUCCUUCUCUCCACCGGGCCGUGCCUCCUCCCCCCGCAGCCAUGGCUUUACGCAACGACCUGGGCUCCAACAUAAGCGUCCUGAAGACCCUUAAUCUGCGUUUUCGCUGCUUUUUGGCUAAAGUGCAUGAGCUUGAGAGGCGAAACAAAAUCCUGGAGAAGCAGCUGCAGCAGGUGCUGGAAAGCAACGAGCUCGCCUGCGCUGAGAGCAAAGAAACCGGGGUGCAGACCGGUUUUGUUGGGCCAGUUCCCCUGCAAUCUCAAAACACCAACAAUUCCGUUAAGAGACCGACUACUUUAUUCACACCCUCCCUUACGACCGUGCUUAAACUCGAGCCUGAUGACAAGACUCGGGCUUCAGGUUAUGAUUCAAGCUCCAACCCGGCCGUUAGCUCGUGCGCGCCUAGUAAAGCGGCAGCGGCCAACACGAAUAACUCCAACAACGCGCCUAAUGUGAACAGUGCUGCAGCCAGAACCGGCUCUAAUCCAACUAAUCGCUUUAUGCCCGGCACUAUCUGGUCCUAUAGUCCCAGCCGAAAGUGGCCCUCGAAUUCGGAACCGCGGGUGAUCACCAGCCCUGGAGUGUCAUGGGUGCACCCGGACGGAGUCGGAGUGCAGAUCGACACCAUUACCCCGGAAAUCAGAGCCCUAUACAACGUGCUGGCCAAAGUAAAACGGGAGAGGGACGAGUACAAGCGCAGAUGGGAGGAGGAAUACACCAUGAGAGUUGAACUUCAGCAGAAGGUCACAGAUUUGCAGGAGGACCUGCAGGAGAGUGAGGUGUGUCAGGAUGAGCUGGCCUUGAGGGUGGAGCAACUAAAGGCAGAGCUUGUCCUCUUCAAGGGUCUAAUGAGCAAUAACCUGAGCGAGUUAGACAGUAAGAUCCAGGAGAAGGCUAUGAAGGUGGAUAUGGAUAUCUGCAGACGUAUUGAUAUCACAGCACGUCUCUGUGACCUGGCACAACAGAGGAACUGUGAGGACCCCAUCACGAGCUUUCAGGUUGCCAGUCCGCAAUCUUCCAUUAGCUGUCGUCCACGGAAACAGACAAUCCAGCCUGCUUAUGGCAGUGAGACUGAUGAACCAACCAGUACUUCAGAAAGCGAUGGAUGUGGAGCAAAAGAGGAGAAUGUAGGCACCACCUCAGCGACUCAGAUCAAUGAAGAGAUGCAGAGGAUGUUGUGUCAGUUGCGGGAAUGUGAGUUUGAUGAUGACUGUGACUCUUUGGCAUGGGAAGAGACUGAGGAGACCCUGCUGCUUUGGGAGGAUUUCCCAGGAUGUACUCUGACCACAGACCCCAGCCAUGGUGAGGUAAGGCAGGAGGAGUGUCUUGAGAAAGUGAUCAAAGAUACAGAGUGCCUAUUUAAGUCUAGGGAGAAGGAGUAUCAGGAUACCAUUGGCCAGAUUGAGUUGGAGCUGGCCACUGCAAAGUCUGACAUGAACAGACACUUGCAUGAGUACAUGGAAAUGUGCAGUAUGAAGAGAGGACUGGAUGUUCAGAUGGAAACAUGCAGGAGACUCAUUACCCAGACUGGAGAGAGUCACUCCCCGUGUCCCGGCCCUGGCGGAGGCAUAGAAGCGAAUGAUGGGACAGGAACAGAGAAGACUUUAGAUGGAGGAAGAUAAUAAUGAACGGCUUGAUAUGGAAAAAAGAACAAGAGCUGGGAAGCUUCUCUUAAUCUCACUGUUAAACCUAAGCCAUAUUUAGCCCCCAGGUUCUGAUACACUCAUGCUUUUCCCAAUGACUCUUAGACCACUAAUUAUUAAAAUAAAUAAAAAAAAUCAGGGGCCAAAUCAAUAUUACCUCAUAGUAGUCGCAUGAAUUUGUUUUUGCAGUAUGUGACUAACGAUAACUAAUGAUACUAAUUGAGAUGAUUCAAAAAUUUUCAGAGUUUCAUUUAUCACUGUAUAGUGACAAACAUUUGAGUGGAAAAUAUUUCAAGUAAUAUAGUUCUUCUUGUUAUAGGACACUGAUAUCAGUACAGGACACAGUAUAUAUAUGUCAGUUCGGGAUCUAACGGGAAUCUUUUGCUCUCUACACAACUGGUCUCAUAUGUACCUCAUCUGUAAAAUACUUCAUACUGUUGCCUUAAUAGACAAUAUAAUCCAAUAGUCCUGCUGCCAUUCAUAUUAUCAUAGCUUUGUUUUGUGCACUGUGGUUGUAAACUAAGUCUGCAGAUGUGACCAGUAAAGUUCAGCAUACUUCAUCAUUCACCAAUCAUGCUCCAUUUUUGAAAAACUGAAAAACUAACCUGCGGUCAAGCAUUAACGAUAACAUUUUUCUGUCACUGAUAUACGCAGUAAAUUUACAUAAUAGUUUACCUGUGCUCUGAGGUAAUCACAUCAGUCAUCAACCUUUUAAAAUCAUUUAAUUUUUCCAAAUACAAAGUAAGGCUGGUCAAUCAAAUCAAGCAUUUCAACACCAGCAAAUUAACAUAUACCUCAUCCAUCUACAUGUUAUUCAAGGAAAAAAAUGAUUAAAUCUUCUUAAGUAAAUUGGAGUAAAUCUGAGUCAAACCGCCUGGUUAACCAAACUGAUCUCAGUGCAGUGCUAAAAUAAAUAUUUGAACUUAUAUGUACUAAGAAUAGCAGUUGUGAUGCAGUUUGAAAGACGGCUAAGUUUCCACUUUAAGCUAUUCUGAUGUAUACAUGACUCAUGAUGUCUAAAUUGACAUAUUACAUACUGCUAUAGGAAAUGAACUUAGACGUGUCUGUGGGUGUGUGCAUGUUUUGACCGGGAGUCUACUGCACUAAUAUGGAAUUGAAACUGCAUUAGACUUUGUUGAACUAAAAAGGCAGAAAGGGAUACAGCAUGGUUGAUUUGGUUUCACAUGUUCCAACUGAAAGAAGAACACCAGGAUGGUUCGGAGCAGUAUGCUGCUGGAUUGCAGGGUGUUAAUUGUAGAUAGAUUUAAAAAAAAAACAAAAACAUAGAUAUACACCAUGCACUGCUGUGGUUCUUGAUGUAUUUGGAAUAAAAUGUGCCAAAUGUGAAGUUAACGUCAAACAGAAGGCUUUCAGCAGUACAGAAAGUCAGGACCCAAUGCUUCCAUACAUGGUGCUGAUCCCCAUCUUGUAAAUAUUUGCUUUAUUAAGGCAAAGAGUAAAAAUCUGUAAUAUCUGUAUGUAAGCUAUAUGAGUAUUGUGCAAUAAGAAAAGUGCGAAUGGCUCUUAAUGUAAUGUAACUGACAAUGCAUUAGGUUUAAAGCAUAUUCAGAUUUGCUUUGCCUCCAAAACAUGUUUUCAUCCAUUGUCAGCUUCUGUCCUUUUAUCUGGUUCUGUUUUUACUCUUGUUUUUAAUUCACCCCUUUCUUUUAGAAGCAGAUUUACCUAGUGCCUGUUUUUGUCCUUUUAAAAAGAUGUUUUUAGCAUAUUAAGAUCUCCUAUUUUGAGUAAGUUUUAGACAUCUCCUUUGUAUAGCUUUUCAGUAAUCUGGCUUGCAAUCUUGAGAUUUUUAGUUGUUUAAAACUUAAACACUCAAACAAAAAGGAGUAUGACUCAUUUUGUUUGAAAACGUCCCUCUUUUCUUCAUUAAUUUAUUUGUAGCCUCAAAUUGUGUUUCUCUCUGUGUGUAUAUGUGUUCUGAUUUGUUCUGUUGUGUGAAUACUUUCUCCACCAGGAACUUACUUGUUGUUUACUGCAGUCAAAAAGCCAUUAGGUGAUUUUAUGAGCUAGAAUGUCUGUAGCUGAAUUUCUGUACAAAGUGUUGUUCACUUGUAAAUGUGGAAGUUGUGUUUAAUACUAUAAGUAAACAAUCUAAACCAGCUUUAGAAGUACCAGGUACUUUUCAGAAACAAGAAGUAUUUUCCUUAGGGUGUGUUCACCAAAGUUUAAACAUGUAAUAGAGAAAACAAACAAACGCAGAGGAAAAAUACGAAUGCUUAUUCAAAAUAUUGGUACGAUUGCUAUGAUGUUGUAAUCUAGAGGAAAUCAGUAAGGAUAUUUAGUAUAAAACUGAUGACAAUUCAUGCGAGUCCACUAUCCCUGUCAGAAGAAUAUUUCCUCCCACUUUAAUGUAAGUUGUAUUAAAAUGAAUUUGUCGAUGUAUUUGGCUAUAAUAUCCAGAAUGUUAAGUAGAAUCCUGUUUUAGCUUUAUAACAGAUUAGAAAGUACAUAAUAAACAAUGAUAUUCAAAGGGAGAGCAAAAUGUACAGUAGGUGUUGUGUGGUAUAACUGUGUUAUACCACACAGCACUUGAAUCACAAAACAGCGUUUUGCCUAAAUAACUCUUUUGACAGGUUGGAUGGACUCAUUAACAUGUAUGUAUCUCAAGGCCAAACAUGAGUUGCCUGCUUUAAUGAGUGCUGAACGACUGGAGCUUUAUAAAGACUUGAAAAAUAAAAGACAAUGCUAUACAGA